CCAAAACAAAGUAAGCAUGAGACAUCAUGAUUCAUUCUUCAAUGGCGGCCAAACUGGUCACCUUCUUCUUCCUCCUCUUCUUCUUCUUCCUCACUCUCAAAUCCCACUGUUCAAGCAACCCACAACAAUCUUGGGUCAAAGCCGGUUACUAUUAUUCCGGCAGCGAAACCGUCAUUUCGGAGAUAAACUCCAAGCUUUUCACCCACCUGAUAUGCGCUUUCGCUUAUAUAAACUCGUCGACCUACCACCUUUAUAUCAACUCCUCCACCGAACAACGAUUCUCUACCUUCACCGACACUGUCAAGCGGAAGAAUCCGUCCAUUACAACGCUUUUGUCCAUAUGGGUUGGCAGAGAAUUCUCUUCGACCUUCUUUUCAAUGAUAAACCAGUCCUCUUACAGAAAUUCUUUCAUUCAAUCUUCUAUACGAACAGCUAGGCUUCAUGGGUUUCAUGGUCUAGACCUCUUUGGGGUUUUGCCGAGCAAAAGCGCCGACAUGGCCAACUUAGCUACCCUUUUGAACGAGUGGCGAGUUGCCGUGGAUUCCGACGCAAGAAACUCUAGCAACACAGGGCUUCUCUUGGUCAUGGCCGGCGCCGGUAAGUACUUGCCGGAUUUGGGUAAUUCAGAGAGUUACCCAAUGGAGUCGAUGCAGAAGAACUUGGAUUGGGUACAUGUUACAGCGUACGAUUACUACGUGCCGAGAAAGGACAAUGCCACGCACUUUCAUGCGGCUCUGCGUGGCCGAUUGAACGGAGCUAAUACCGAUGACGGUAUACAAGAGUGGAAGAGAAGAGGUUUUCCGCCGGGAAAGUUGGUUUUGGGCUUGCCUUUCCAUGGCUAUGCGUGGACGCUGGCGAACCCGCAAAACAAUGCUAUCGGUGCGCCGGCGACGGGUCCGGCGGUUACAAUGGACGGUUCGAUGGGGUAUAAGCUAAUAAAAUCGUACAUUAGAAGCUUUGGUUAUGGAGCGGUUUGUGUGUACAAUGAUAGUUAUGUGGUGAAUUCCUGCACAAUUGGGCCGACUUGGAUUAAUUACGACGAUGUUGAAGCCAUUAGAGCCAAGGUUUCUUAUUCAAAGCAGAACGGGCUACUUGGUUUCAAUGUGUUUCAGGUCGGCAAUGACGACAAUUGGGUGCUCUCUAGAGCAGCUCAAGUGGAAGGUGAAGAUCAACAUAAGAAGAGGCCUUCGUUGUUAAUAAUUCUGCCUACAACUGUUGCAGUCUUGCUUAUAUUGGGCACCAUGAUAUGUUACUUCCGGCAGAAAGUGAUAAAGUUAAGAGGUGGUGCAGAAAACGUCAACAGAUUAUUAUAUAAAGUCAAAAUCAAACUUUCUGCUGCUGAAGAUAUUAACAGCAAUGCCCCAAAUCUGCAAGAAUUCAGUUAUGCUACCAUUAAAGCAGCUACAAAGAACUUUUCGAGUGAGAAUAAGCUCGGAGAAGGAGGAUAUGGACCUGUUUAUAAGGGUAAGUUACGGAAGGGACAGGAGAUAGCAGUAAAGAGACUUUCAAGAACUUCAAACCAAGGCCUUGAAGAGUUCAAAAAUGAGGUCACACUUACUGCAAGACUACAACAUGUAAAUCUAGUCAGAGUUUUGGGGUAUUGCACGGAGAGGGAUGAAAAGAUGUUGAUCUAUGAAUACAUGACAAACAAAAGCUUGGAUCUCUACCUUCUCGAUCCAACUAGACAAUUUCUUUUAGAUUGGAAGAAACGUGUUCACAUCAUUGAAGGCAUUACUCAAGGGCUUCUAUAUCUCCAAGAGUACUCAAAUUUUACUAUAAUUCACCGAGAUUUAAAAGCUAGUAACAUACUACUAGACGAUGAGAUGAACCCAAAGAUAUCAGAUUUUGGGAUGGCUAGAAUUUUUAGGAAGGAUGAUCUUGAAGCAAACACAGAUCGGAUUGUUGGAACAUAUGGCUAUGUUCCUCCCGAAUAUGUAAGAAAAGGUGUAUACUCGAGGAAAUCCGAUGUUUAUAGCUUUGGAGUUCUGCUUUUGCAAAUUAUAAGUGGCAAGAGGACUGCAUGUUAUUAUGGGACACAUGAAAAUUUGAACCUUUUAGAAUAUGCAUAUGAGCUGUGGAAAGAGGGCAAAGGGUUGGAGUUUCUUGAUCCAUCACUGGAUGAUUUAUCUUCUUCUUGUAAACUCCUCAGAUGCAUGCAGGUGGCUCUUUUAUGUGUCCAAGAAAACCCUGUGGAUAGGCCUUCUAUGUUAGAGGUUUCUUCAAUGCUCAGGAAUGAAACUGGAGCCAUCAACACUCCUAAAAAGCCUGCCUUUUCACUUCAAAAAGAUGAAAAAGAGGAAGAAACUUGUAUCUUGCCGGAAAAUUUUUGUUCAGUCAAUGAUGCUUCAGUUUCCGAACUGGUCCCCCGAUGAUACUCAUCAUGCAGUCGUGGAAAAGUAUGAAAGAAAUUGUAUUGCUUUA